UAGCAUCAUAGGAGGGGGACCAAGCUUUUGGGGGACACAGGCAAACUUAAAGAUCUGAAAAUGGACACUAAGACUCAUUGUGGGCACAAAAGAGCCACUAAUCAGGAAAAUGCCCAAGCUUUUUCAGAGAGAUUGACUGGCAGCAGUGGUGAAGAGAGAGACCUACCAAUCUUACAAGGCACUCUACCAUGUGGAUUUUCCACUGCGCUGCUCACAGCUUAUCCAGUUUCCUUGUUGUGGUCAAUGGCCAGAUGGCCUGUUAGAAUUUGUCUUGCGUCAUAUCUGAAGAAAUCAUAUAGAGAGCUUUCUAAAACCAACUUUUCAAACAACAAUGAUUUCCGUGCUCUUCUGCAGUCUUUGUAUGCUACUUUCAAGGAGUUCAAAAUGCAUGAGCAGAUUGAAAAUGAGUACAUUAUUGGUUUGCUUCAGCAACGCAGUCAGACCAUUUAUAAUGUCCAUUCUGACAAUAAACUAUCUGAGAUGCUUAGCCUUUUUGAAAAGGGACUGAAGAAUGUUAAGAAUGAAUAUGAGCAGUUAAAUUAUGCAAAACAGCUGAAAGAAAGAUUGGAAGCUUUUACAAGAGAUUUUCUUCCUCACAUGAAAGAGGAAGAAGAGGUUUUUCAGCCCAUGUUAAUGGAGUAUUUUACCUAUGAAGAGCUUAAGGAUAUUAAGAAGAAAGUGAUUGCCCAACACUGCUCUCAGAAGGAUACAGCAGAACUGCUUAGAGGUCUUAGCCUAUGGAAUCAAACUGAAGAGCGACAGAAGUUUUUCAAAUAUUCAGUGGAUGAAAAAUCAGAUACAGAAGCAGAAGUGUCAGAACACUCCAUAGGUAUAACUCAUCUUCCUCCUGAGGUAAUGCUGUCAAUUUUCAGUUACCUUAAUCCUCAAGAAUUAUGUCGAUGCAGUCAAGUUAGCACUAAAUGGUCUCAGCUGGCAAAAACUGGAUCGCUGUGGAAGCAUCUUUACCCUGUUCAUUGGGCCAGAGGUGACUGGUACAGUGGUCCUGCCACUGAACUUGAUACUGAGCCAGAUGAGGAAUGGGUGAAAAGUAGGAAAGAUGAAAGUCGUGCUUUUCAGGAGUGGGAUGAAGAUGCUGACAUAGAUGAAUCUGAAGAGUCUGCAGAGGAAUCAAUUGCUAUCAGCAUUGCACAAAUGGAAAAACGUUUACUCCAUGGUUUAAUUCAUAAUGUUCUACCAUAUGUUGGUACUUCUGUAAAAACUUUAGUGUUAGCAUACAGCUGUGCAGUUUCCAGCAAAAUGGUUAGGCAGAUUUUAGAGCUUUGUCCUAACCUGGAACAUCUGGAUCUUACCCAAACUGACAUUUCAGAUUCUGCAUUUGACAGUUGGUCUUGGCUUGGUUGCUGCCAGAGUCUUCGGCAUCUUGAUCUGUCUGGAUGUGAGAAAAUCACAGAUGUGGCUCUAGAGAAGAUUUCCAGAGCUCUUGGAAUUCUGACAUCUCAUCAGAGUGGCUUUUUGAAAACUUCAAGUAAAUUUACUUCUACUACAUGGAAAAAUAAAGACAUUACCAUGCAAUCCACCAAGCAGUAUGCCUGUUUGCAUGAUUUAACUAACAAAGGCAUUGGAGAAGAAAUAGAUAAUGCACACACUUGGACUAAACCUGUUUCUUCUGAAAAUUUCACGUCUCCUUAUGUGUGGAUGUUAGAUGCUGAAGAUUUGGCCGAUAUUGAAGAUACUGUAGAAUGGAGACACCGAAAUGUUGAAAGUCUCUGUGUAUUAGAAACAACAUCCAACUUUGGUUGUUCCUCAUCUGGUUGUUUCAGUAAGGAUAUUGUUGGACUAAGGACUAGUGUCUGUUGGCAGCAGCAUUGUGCUUCUCCAGCCUUUACAUAUUGUGGUCAUUCAUUCUGUUGCACAGGAACAGCUUUAAGAACUAUGUCUGCACUCCCAGGGACUUCUGUAGUGUGUAGAAAAGCAUUAAGGACUACAUUGCCUAGGGGAAAUGACUUAAUUUAUUUUGGGAGUGAAAAAUCUGAUCAAGAGACUGGACGUGUACUUUUGUUUCUCAGUCUGUCUGGAUGCUAUCAGAUCACAGACCAUGGUCUCAGGGUUUUGACUCUGGGAGGAGGGCUGCCUUAUUUGGAGCACCUUAAUCUCUCUGGUUGUCUGACUGUAACUGGUGCGGGCCUGCAGGAUUUGGUUUCAGCAUGUCCUUCUCUAAAUGAUGAAUACUUUUACUACUGUGACAACAUUAACGGUCCUCAUGCCGAUACCGCCAGUGGAUGCCAGAAUUUGCAGUGUGGUUUUCGAGCCUGCUGCCGCUCUGGCGAAUGAUCCUUGACUUCUGACCUUUGUCUACUUUAUUUAGCAGAGCAGGCUUCCUUUCAUGCACUUUACUUAUAGAAUAUUUCUGUGUUAACCAUCCCUUUUUGAGUGUGUCUUGUUUUGGCCUCAUUUCUUACAACCUCAGAAAUCUUAAUUUACCAGUGAAUUGUACAGUGUUGUUUUUCUUGCAAAAUAUAUUUUUGUUUUAGAAAGGGGUUAGGUCAUUUCAUAAGGGUGAGAACAGUCAUACUGGAUUUCUUUUAAAUGAAACGCUUUGAAAAUAAUGUCACUAAUACCAUGACAUUUAAAGUAUUUUUUAGAUUAUUUUGAGUUCUAAAGUUAGUGGGGAUAUUGGUUCUCUUUAUAUAUAAACACUGUACUAAGCUUUGCAGAUCUUUUCAGAUAUAAUUUCUGAAGUUUUAUUUUCAAAGACUGCACAUUUUGGAAACUAAUCUCUUUUCCCUAACAUUUUCUUUAGUUGAACAAAUUCUCAGAGGGCCAAUUCAAAUAUACUCACAUGUAAGAUUCUUUAAGAUUGUAGAAUAAAUUGGCUUCUUGAUGUUAGCUCAGUGAGCUAGCAAAGCACCAGUCUGUAUUUGCUUUCUUCCAAGACCCCUGGUUUCCACUGCUGCCCUUGAAUGUCAAAUUUGGGAGGGAUUUUUAAAAAUUCCACAGUUGUUUGAAGAAGUGUAUAAAUAAAAUCUACUUUGAGGACUUUACCGAGUA